GGACGUCGGAGGCGGGCUGUUUGAAAAGAUCCCGGUCGCGCCUGCGCCCCUGCCCAUUACAUUAUUGCGCAUCUGCGUGUUGGGUACACGAGUGUAGAUAAAAUUCAUCCUUAGAUGUUGUUGGAGGAGGCGCAUGCAGAGGAGGAAGCAAAGCUGCUGAAAGCAGCAAACGGUGGGCGCGCACGUCGCCGUAAGCGGUGAGUUGCGCUUGCGACGCCGUGUGAUCUUCUUCUUUCGUUGACGAGAGAUCCAUUGUGUGGUUGCUUAAGUUAAGAAUAUAUAUCUCGAUAGUUGCUCGGAGAUCCGAGCAGCUUAAACGCGAUUGUAGUUGCAAAAUGGCUGUGCUGUGGUCGAUUGUGUCGGUCGCAUUCUCAUUGCUUCUAACGCCGUUUCUGAUGUUCCUCCUGUCGAUUAUUUUUUUGGCCUCGAUAGGAAAGUCCUUGGGUGUUCGGAGACUCUACAUCAAGCUUCUGCUCGCGCUUUUCGAGUAUGGCAGGCAAAACAUUGAACACGUAAGAAAGCGAAAUGGAAACUGGACUGUCGAAGGGUACGAUAGCGAUGACGAAGAUGGAGAAUUGCCGAACAUUACUGAAGGAAAUGCUACUGUUGGCUUUUGCAAAAAUGAAAAGAAAAAUCAGAAUGGAGCAAUUGGUAAUUCGGUAAUUGCGCGUUCCAAAGACUUGAUUCUCGUUCCUGAACCGGAAAUGCAGAAUCACAAUGAAGAUUCUGAGCUAACGAAUGAAGCAGCUAAAGAGAAAAAUAAUUUUCAUCUUGAAGCAAGCAAAGAGGCUGACAUAUCAAGGAAAAAAUCCUUCGAAACACUCAAACGAGAAUUUGAGCCUGCGAUAUGUUUAGGAUACAUUCGAGCUGGCAUCGAAGCAAUUAUAGAAGAUGAUGUAACUUCUAGAUUUGAAGCAGAAGAACUGAAGAAUUGGAAUCUUUUAACGAGAACAAAUAGACGCUAUGAGUUCAUUUCCUGGAAAUUAACUGUCAUAUGGAUGUGUGGUUUUUUCAUGAGAUAUUGUUUUCUCUUACCUUUGCGAAUUCUCAUUUGUUUCGUUGGCGUACUUUACCUCAUAAUUUCGACGUUCAGUAUCGGAUUUUUGCCAAAUGGCUGGUUAAAAAGAUGGGCUAAUGAUUACGCCAAUCGUAUAUUUUUUCGCAUAAUGUCGAGAUCGCUGUCAAGUUUAAUUACAAUUCAUAAUCCUGAGUAUAAGCCCAAGUCAACUGGAAUUUGCGUAGCGAAUCAUACAUCCACUAUCGAUGUAUGCAUUUUAUCUACGAAUACGGCAUUUUCUUUGAUUGGACAACGACAUGGCGGUUUUUUGGGCAUUUUACAAAGAGCCCUUGCUCGAGCAUCGCCGCACAUUUGGUUCGAGCGAUCGGAAGUUAAAGACAGAGAAGCGGUUACAAAAAGGCUAAAAAUGCACAUAUCCGAUCCAAAGAAUCCUCCAAUACUUAUUUUCCCAGAAGGGACAUGUAUUAAUAAUACAUCGGUUAUGCAAUUUAAAAAAGGCAGUUUCGAAGUGGGCGGCGUAAUUUAUCCAGUCGCUAUUAAGUAUGACCCACGUUUUGGUGAUGCAUUUUGGAAUAGCAACAGAUUUUCAAUGCUUCAGUAUUUGUACAUGAUGAUGUCAAGUUGGGCAAUCGUUUGUGACGUGUGGUAUCUACCUCCAAUGUACAGAAGGGAAGAUGAGAGCGCUAUAGAUUUUGCGAAUAGAGUUAAAUCGGUGAUCGCAAGGCAGGGAGGACUCGUUGAUCUACAAUGGGACGGGCAGUUGAAGAGGAUGAAACCGAAAAAAGAAUGGCGAGAAAAGCAGCAGGAAGAGUUCAGCAAAAGAUUAAAAGUUGAAUAAAAUCUCAAGUUUUUCUAUUCUUAAUGUAAUAUUAUAAAAAUACCAAUAUAUAGCUUCGAUUUCGAAGCUUAAUCUAUUUGAUUGCUUGUCAGUUCAUUGCAAUGGACAUUUAACAAGAAUUUUCAAAUGUAUAAAUUUUUUAAAAAAGA